GCUCACAUCCCAAGCGUGGUUCUCUCACGUUGCUGUAAGUAGAGCUGAUCGGUGCGUAAUUUUUAAAGGGUUUUUACAUGUUUUAAUUGAAAUUCACCACUCUGCGUCUUAGACUGAAGCCUUUUUGGUCUAGGGGUGGAGUGGAGACGUUCAGUGGUGGGACAAAAGCGAUUUUUCGGGCAGCUCAUCGCGGUAAAUUUGAGGUGUGUUCGAGGAGAAAUGGCCACUGAGGUGGAGACUGUCCUGCCAAACAACCGUCUGCUCACACAGGAGGAUCACGAGCAGAACGAUCGUGACGGAGCGUCAGAGCAGGCGGUAUUCCUCAUGAAGGAGCAGACGAGUCUUAAACGAGCGAAAGAUGAGAGCAACAAUCAAGUGAAGGUGAACUUACACCAAGAGUGCGAAGAGCAAGAGAAAGCUGCUAAAAAGGAGUUUACUGAAGCUCCACCGCCCAAGGUGAACCCGUGGACGAAGAAGAUGAACCCAAUGAGCAGCAGUGUCAACGGCCAAACACAACAAGGUCAUUCUGGGCCCACCAAGGUUGUGAGGGCAGGAAAUGCAAAAGCGAGACGAGGAGGAAAGGUUGGGGACUUUGGAGAUGCUAAUAAUUGGCCGACACCAGGAGAGAUUGCUACAAAAGAAGUUCAGGUGGUGAAGUCAAUGAUCAAACGAGAAUCUAAAGGAAGGAGAGCGAAUGAAGAGAGUAAAGAAAACCUGAAGUCUAAAUCAGACGAAUCUGGAGAAGAGAAGAGCCCAGAUGAAGACAGCCAGAGGAACGGACAGAAGAAGAGAGGGAAUAAGCACAGGUGGGUUCCUCUCACGAUUGAGGUGAAGUCGGAGGGUCCUCGCGAGCGCUCCGCGUCCAGGAAUAACACGCGUCAAUAUGAUGGCCAUAGAAUCCCCCCCAACAGCAGGAAUGACUUGAGAGACUGGCACAGUGGAAAGUUUGAUCACGACUUUAAAGAUGAUCAUGAUGAAGUGUCCAGUGUGAAGAGUGAGGGUGCGCCCUACAGAGGCACUGUUAGAGGCCGUGGCCGCGGGAGAGGAAGAGGACGAGGACGCGGAAGAGGAUCUAACAGAGGUCAAUAUGAAUACUACCACGGCUAUAAAGGCUUUGAUGGGAAGGAUGGUGCAUACGGGCAGAAGUUCAACAGCACAGUGACGUAUUACUAUGACAACAUGAGCAGCACUGACCUGUAUAAUACAGUGGACCAGGAACUGCUGAAGGACUAUAUCAAGAGACAAAUCGAGUAUUACUUCAGUGUUGAUAAUCUGGAGCGAGAUUUCUUCUUGCGUAGAAAGAUGGAUCAAGAGGGCUUCUUGCCCAUUGCUCUGAUCAGCAGCUUUCACCGUGUGCAGGCUCUGACGACAAACAUCAACCUCAUUCUGGAGGCGCUUAAGGACAGUAAUGAAGUGGAGAUUACGGAUAUGAAAAUUCGCUGCAAGGAGGAUCCUGAAAAAUGGCCACUGCCUGGGUUGUCUCUACAGGAACAAUCUCAGACUGAUUUUUCUCAGUUCAUCAACUGCCCAGAGUUUGUGCCCAGGACUGUUGUGGACGAUCAGACAGGUUCUCCAAGAGCAUCCACGCCUGUACAGCCAAAGCCAGAAGACGUUAGUAAUCUGAAGAGUAUGCCGAAGGGUUUAUCAGCCAGUCUGCCUGAUCUGGACUCGGAGUCGUGGAUUGAAGUGAAGAAGAGGCCCAGACCCUCACCAGCUCGACCCAAGAAAGCGGAGGAGACGCACACACCAGUGAAGUCCGGUCUAGUGUCAGCUGAAGACCAGGAGGAGCCUGAGGAACUAGACUUCAUGUUUGAUGAGGAGAUGGAGCAGAUCGACGGGAGACGCAACACCUUCACCGAUUGGUCGGACGAGGAUUCGGACUGUGAAAUCGAUGAUCGAGAUGUCAACAAGAUUCUAAUAGUUACUCAAACACCACCUUACCUGCGCAAACAUCCGGGAGGAGAUCGCACGGGAAAUCACACGUCACGCUCCAAACUAACCAGUGAACUGGUCAAAAUAAUUAAUGAUGGACUUUACUACUAUGAGCAAGACCUCUGGGAUGACACGUAUGAGCCUGAAUACGCCACAAUCAAGCAAGAAGUGGAGAACUUCAAGAAAGUUCAUCUGAUCAGCCGAGAGGAGUUUGACUGUUUGACCCCUGAACCGCCUGUUGACCCAAACCAGGAAGUUCCUCCUGGACCCCCGCAGCCCCAGCAGAUCCCCACAGAAGCCCUCGCUAACAAACUGUUUGGUGCCCCGGAACCCUCAGCAAUCGCUCGCUCUCUUCCAACUACAGUGCCUGACUCGCCCAACUACCGCAGUGCCCGCACGCCCCGCACGCCUCGUACCCCUCGUCUGAAGGACCCCACGCAAACUCCUCGUUUCUACCCAGUGGUAAAAGAAUGCCGACCACUAGAUACCAAAACACCCCGGAAAAGAAAGACGCGACACAGCUCCAAUCCACCCAUGGAGUGUCAUGUUGGCUGGGUGAUGGACUCGAGAGAGCAUCAUCGCUCACGAACAGCCUCAGUUAGUUCAAAUGCGUCUCCCUCUGAAGGCCCCACUGGGACGGGGAUUUACGGCUGCACGCCACAGUCGCUGCCCAAGUUCCAGCACCCCUCACACGAGCUGCUCAAAGAGAACGGAUUCACGCAACACGUUUAUCACAAGUACCGGCGGCGCUGCCUCAAUGAGCGCAAGCGGCUCGGUAUUGGCCAGUCUCAGGAGAUGAACACACUCUUCCGCUUCUGGUCAUUCUUCUUGCGAGAUCAUUUUAACAGAAAGAUGUACGAGGAAUUUAGACAGCUCGUUGUGGAAGACGGAAAGGAAGGAUACAGGUAUGGGCUUGAGUGCCUCUUCAGGUUUUACAGUUAUGGACUGGAGAGGAAGUUCAGACCGGACAUAUUUAAAGACUUUCAAGAGGAGACCAUCAAAGACUAUGAAGCAGGCCAGCUGUAUGGACUGGAGAAGUUUUGGGCAUUUCUAAAAUAUUCUAAAACAAAAAACAUGGAAAUUGAGUCCAAACUUCAGGAGCAUUUAACCAAAUUCAAACGUUUAGAGGACUUCAGAGUGGAUCCACCCAUGGAGGACGGUGGUCGCAAGAGACAUUCUUCCAGUAGUGACGGUCGGCGACGGCAUCCUUCUCAGCCAACGAGCCGAAACCAGACACCGGCCGCUGCAGGCUCCGCCCCGCCUACCAGAGAUGAUGCCAAAAACUCAAGCCAUCGAGUGUCUGCGCAUGAUGUCAAGCCGCCGAAGUGAUCAUCAGCCCCUGCCGCGAUACCACGACUCGCCAACAAACUGCUCACGACUGUCAUAUCAUGGCUCUUCCACAACCACCUGCAAAUAUUUCUGAAUCAGAGACGGCAGAGCGCAUGAAAGAUUCUUCCAUUCUUUGUUUUAUUCAAGACUUUGAAUUAGUUUUAUGCUUUUGAGACUUUUAAGGCAACCUUCAAUCUAGUGCUACUUUAUAUCUUCAGGAGAGUCACGAAGUGAUUCCACUCAUUUAAUUUUUUCUUUUUCUAGUGCAUAAAGAUUGUGUUAACUGAAAUGUUUGCUCUUGACUAGAUUAGGUACUGAGGGGACAUGCAAAUGCUCACAGAACCGCUGUGCUUUUUUUUUUUUUUUUUUGGGGGGUCGGGUCGUCUAAUUUUUUUUGGUAAAUAAUACUAUAAAGUGGCAGGGGCUGUAACGUAACAUCUGGAUCACUGUGACAUACCAGCCUGCCAAAAUUAGCACGAUCCAGCUGAUUGACUUCAAGUGUCACAAAUCACAAUCUGUUACAGGAGGAUGCGUUCAACAGAUGAGCACCGAAAUCAUCUCUUCAUAUGAACUUGUAAUGAACAUUAGAGGAACACUGAUGUUAGUUCUGUUCAUCCCUCAUUCAGCGACACAUUUAAAAGAUCUAAUGAGAAUUGUGCAAGCAGCCAAAUGGGAAUCAAUUCCAGAUGAAAGUGUUUAUCACCGUGUAAAUAUGAAUUCAAGAAAUUAAGAGACAUUUGCACCUGGCUGUAUGUGUCAUUUAUUGUUUAUAGAUCAGAUGAUAUUUUUGCCUUACAUCUUCAACCUUUUUAUGCUCACCCAUGACAAAUUAUAAUCUAAUGCUUUUUAAUUUGUGGUGUUCUAUCGCCGCUGUUAUGGUAUGUUUUAGUAUCGCUUUUUUCCUUUCAUACUCGUUGUGGGCGCCAGGAUGAUGGUCUGAAUGAAAGGGAAAUUGACACGAUAUCAACUGGAAUCCUGGGGGGGGGGACUUUUGAUUAUGAUAAUUUAUGACACAUUGCCAACAGAAUUUGGAUCAUAGGCAGUAUAAUCACUGAACUAAUUUCCUGUCUAAUAAUAUAUUAAAUUUCACAUUGAAUUUGGUUCGCAUUUGAACUUUAUGCCCAUUUGUUACUUAAAACAUCUCAAGUUAUUAGCGGUAUGUUAAUAUCAGGGUUUACUUUAUAAUAACUUGCAAGAAACAUUUAGCUCUUCUAUUGGGGGACAUCACAAGAUUUUCCUCCAAGAUUUGAGCACAACCACCUUGAAUGAUCAAAAAGAUCAUUUAAAUUAGUUUUUAACUCAAUAGAUGGAAAAACACUUAUCCAUUGUGCAAGCUUGUACAGUGUUUGCUGCAUUAGACAUUAGUAUCAUCUGUAUAUGUGGACUGAAUUCAAGAGGAUCUUCUGAGGUUUAGGGGCUAGAAUGCCUGGGAAAGGACAAAAUAAUCUAUCAAGCCAUAUAAAUAGCUGUAUAUGGUUUAUUAAACUUGUUAUUAAAUGCUAUAUCACCAUGACAAAUA